GCAUGAGACGUCACCAGUCGUGUUGCCUGAAUUUUGGCCCCUCCAAAAACCACCCCUCCUCCCUAGCUCUGUGCUGAGCUGAGCGUUACUUUCUCUUCGCCUUCACAACCAUUAAAACUCAACUCAGCAGCUUGUCGGCAGCACUGGGUUCCUCUCCUCCCUAGUUCGCACCGCCCGAGAAUCGUUUCGCUGCAAGCCAGCUGUAAAAGAGAGGGGAAAAGAGAGAACUCACCAAACAAGGGCACUCUGCACCAGGAAUAACCGUCCACCAUGCGCAUUACAUUGAACAUAACCAACCCCGAGGUCGAUGACCAGGACCUGCUUACCCUGGAAAUUUUUCCAGACAUGCCUGUUUCCAUACUCCGCGAAGCCAUUCAAGCCGAGACCGCGAUCGCUCCUACUUCCCAACAUCUUUACCACAACGGUCGCUUGAUCCAGGAUGAUACCAAGACGAUGGAGCAGCUGCAAAUUGCCGACGGUGAGAUGCUGGCGCUGCACGUGAGAGACAUGCAAGGAAGCACUGGUGUGCCGGAUCAGGGCAGAAGAGGUCCGCCGCGCCGACGACCGGGAGGGCAAGACCCAGAACUCAUCCGCCUUCAAAUCCUGGGCGACCCGAACCUGCGCGCCGAGGCCACCCGACAGCAGCCCCAGCUCGCCGCCGCUCUCGAUGACCCCCAGAGAUUCGCCCAGCUUUUCAACGACAGUUAUGACCGGGAGCAACGGGAGCGCGAGGAGCGCCAGAGGCAAAUUGCACAGCUGAACGACGACCCCUUCGAUAUUGAAGCCCAGGCUAAGAUCGAGGAAAUGAUCCGUCAAGAGAGGGUCAUGGAGAACCUCCAGAACGCCAUGGAGCACAAUCCCGAAGUGUUCGGGCGGGUACACAUGUUGUACGUCGACGUAGAAGUGAACGGUCAUAGAGUGAAGGCGCUCGUCGAUUCAGGAGCACAGGCCACGAUCAUGUCCCCGUCGUGCGCCGAGGCCUGUGGUAUCAUGAGACUUGUUGACAAGCGCUUCGCAGGAGUAGCCCGUGGAGUGGGCACUGCCAACAUCAUCGGCCGUGUACACUCUGCCCAGAUCAAGGUCGGCUCCAUGUUCCUACCUUGCAGUUUCACUGUGAUGGAGGGCAAGCAGGUGGAACUUCUCCUCGGUCUCGACAUGCUCAAGCGUUACCAAGCCAGCAUCGACUUGGCGAAGGACAAGCUGAUCAUACAAGGUGAAGAGGUGCCGUUCUUGGGCGAGGCUGAGAUUCCCAAGGAGAGCGAGGAAGCUUUAGAAGAGGAGCCUAGACUACCGGGACCGGCUGGCACAACCAUCGGUCAACGAUCUGGUGUUGUCAGCGGGCCGCAGAGUGCUGCUACCGCCCCGCCGCGACAGAAUCCUCCCCAGCAGGGUCAGCAGGGUCAGCAGGCGCCUCAGCAGCAGACUGCAGCUCCGAGCUUUCCCGAGGAACACAUUAACCAGCUUAUGGCUCUGGGCUUUCCCCGUGACGCCGCCAUCAACGCGUUGCAAGCAACGGGCGGCAACGUCGAGUUCGCCGCUGGUCUCUUGUUCGGAGCAUAGAUGUCCCCAAUCGCGGAUCGGCUUCUCUUUUGAGUUGAUCAUCGCAAGCCUGGUACAGGGCAUGAGUAAUUAGUUCCGGAACACUCGGGCUUGGGAGUCAGUUUGGAGUCUUCGUAUGGUGCCCAUGCGGCUUGACGCGAUAUUCAUGGAAGCAAUCGAUGGAGCCUUUUCACGCGCCAAGACCUCAAUGAUUCAAAUCUGUGCUGGCGCUGAACAACAGUCCUGCCAGGAUCGGCUUUCCGGCCUACACAUUGAUCCUCUACGGCUUUCUGUGACAGUGUCCUUGGAGCCAACGAGAAUAAAAAGCCCAUCACAAUAGGUGUCAUAGAGCGCGAGCAGCAUACCUUGACCAAGAUUAGAUGUUUGUUUCCCUACUGCAUCCGAGUAUGCGAAGAUCCACCCCCCGUAAACCCAGAAGAAAUCUAAGGACAUGUAACUUUUUGUUGCUUCUAAAAGAAGAUCUACCACCACCUGAGAAACGUA